CCAAAACCGCUCCCUCGCUUCGCAUUCAGCCUCUCUCUCAUCUGAUCGUUCUUUUGCCGUAUCAGAUCUGUGAAAUGAAGUCGGUGGCAGCGCUGUGGUCCAUGGCCCUCUGUGGCCAUUGGCUCUGUGGCUCAUCCCUGGCUUUCCUGCCGCCCUCCCCGCUCUCCAGCUCCCCUCUGCACCGCCUGAGAGCCAAGCACCGUCCCUCUGCAACCCUGAGGAUGGCGGCGGACCAGCCGAUGAAGGUGCUGCUCAUCGGCGGCUCCCGCUUCUCGGGCCUCUAUCUGUGGCGUGAGCUGCUGGACCGCGGUCAUGACGUGACGGUGUUCAACCGUGGCAAGACGGCCCUGCGGCCCAUCCCGGGCGAGAGCGCCUCGGAGUUCGAGCGGCGCAAGAGCAGCACCAAGUUUGUCACGGGCGACCGCAAGAACCUGGCCGACCUGCGCCAGGUGGCGUCGAUGCAGUUCGACGCCAUCUUCGACAUGAAUGGCCGUGAGGUGGAUGAGACCAAGAUGCUCGUGGACCUCUUCCCCAACCGCCUCAAGCACUACGUGUACAUGAGCAGUGCGGGCGUGUACCUCAAGAGCGACGAGAUGCCGCACCGGGAGGGCGAUGCCGUGGACCCCAAGUGCCGCCACAAGGGCAAGCUCGACAGCGAGGAGUACCUCAGGUCCAUCAACGCACCCUGGACAUCCAUCCGACCGACUUACAUCUACGGUCCACUCAACUACAACCCGGUCGAGGAGUACUUCUUCGAGCGACUGGCGCAGAACCGGCCCGUGUGCAUCCCCGGACAUGGACAGCACCUCACCGGGCUCGGACACGUCAGGGACCUCGCCAGGCAAUUCGCUAACGUCCUCGGCAGGCCACACGCCGUCGGCAAGACCUACAACGCUGGCGUCAGUCAAUCACGACACAUUUAACGAACACAUGAGCCACGCGACCCGACCCGGCAGGCAGAGAGCGAUCGAUGGAAUCUGCAUGUGUGGUGUGGUCAGGGUCUGGAGGCGGUGACGUUCGACGGUGUGGCCAGGCUGUGUGCCGCGGCGAUGGGCAAGGACCCGUCAAGGGUGGAGUUGGUGCACUACAACCCCAAGGACUUGGACUUCGGCAAGAAGAAGGCUUUCCCAUUCAGACCACAACACUUCUUCACAUCCAUAGAGGUCCGCACCUGUGUCGGUCGUGUCACCCAGCGAGCCACACACGCACAAGGCAUGGCAUACAUCUCAUCUCACCGUGUGAUGCGAUGCGAUGCGAUGCGAUGCGAUGCGUCGUGUCUUGUUGUGUCGGCGUCUGUCAGAAUGCCAUCCGUGAUUUGGAUUGGCUGCCCGACUAUGACAACCUCGAGGGCCUCAGGGACUCGUACCAAAACGACUUCGUGGUCAGUCUGACGGCAUUGUUGGCGCACACCAGACACUUCAUUGUUUGCCUCACUGUGGUUGGUGCUUUGUCCAUCCCUCCAUCCCUCCAUCGACGGAUUGAUUGAUUGCUUGAUCAGAUCAAGCAGCGCGAGGGCAAGCUCAAGAACGACUUCGAGACCGACGACAUCGUACUCGCAGCCGCAAAAAGAGACACGCGAGUCCCCACACUGGCGUAGGUGGCUGACCACCUACAUGAUUGAUCUAACCUGUGUAAGUGACGUCCGAGCUGUGACAGUGCUUGCCUUUCAUGUGUGUGUCCGUCCGUCCCAUUUGGACGACUCAAUGUAUGUACAGAAAAAGGGGUGCAGGGGAGGGAGACGGGGAGAGAGGGAGGGAGAGAAGUUAGGCUUUCAACUGAUUGAUUGCUACAUCUUGCUUACAUCAGUUGAAAGAAAGUGGAUGGAUGGAUGGCUGGGAGUGCUUGAAUGGAAUUUUGAUGCUGUCUGGGGAGGGGGGAGGGGGGGUUGCUGAGGCAAUGAAUUUUUCCGACCUCCAGGUACCGAACGAUUCGGACUGUUGUGACAUGAUUCAAGACAGCAACAGUCUGUC